AUGUCGACGGUAUUCGCGAAUUGGUCUGGAGAUUGGUCGUAUCAACUCGGUGUGUCGACUACGAGUCCGCUUCAUGCUGUACAAGCUGGCGUCAAUACUUUCGUGCAGGACACGGAUUCGGUUGCGGCGUUGAUAUCGUCGAAUAACCUCACCGCGGAUACCACCAACGAGAAUCGUCCUCCGUUCGGGAUCUUCCUCAACCCAUCCGACGAUGACUUCGUUCUGACAUCCCUGGCCAACUCUUACUGCGCUAUCGCCGAAUUCGUCAACCCCACCCUGAAGUCAAUCAACGAUGCGGACGUAAUGGUAACGACCAACACACCCGGUCAAGUCCCGCAAGAGUUCUUCUACGUCAAGUCCCUAACCUCAAGCACAUUCUACAACGCCUACCUCACCCUCGCAAACGACGGCCGCGUCGGCGGAACGGUCUACCAAAUGCAAAACCUAACAACCAAAACCGCAAACACGACAUGUCGCAUUAUCUACAAUCUCUCCUUCUGCGAUAGCGUUGCGUACGCCGUCCCGGGGAACGACGAAUCAUACGAUACCAUCGCGAACUGGUAUGACGCCCAAGCCGAAGCGCUUUACCAGAACUUUACGCAUUCACUGGCACAAUAUCCGUGCAAUAUCACUGAUUCGGCGAAAUACUCACUCAGCGAUAACGUAACCUGCGAUAACUGCGCCGCAGCAUACAAGACGUGGCUCUGCUCGACGCUGAUCCCACGAUGUCAGAGUACAGACCCGUUCAGCAUGUAUCCAUCGCGGAAUGCGAGUACGAGUCGGAAUCCGAGUUUGGUGGGGUGGUUGCCGGAUAAUGCGCAGUACUAUGAGGUGUUGCCAUGUAAGGAUUUGUGUUAUGCUGUGGUGCAGAUGUGUCCGGUGGAUUUGGGAUUUACAUGUCCGACUGGAACGGGGCUGAAAGAGUGGUAUGGGGAUGAUUACGAAGACUCGGAUCGGACAAACAUUACGUGCAAUGCACCGUGGGUGACAUACAAAGUUAACGGAGCGGAUGCAUUGUGGCCUCGGGGAGGUGAAGAGACUGUGAUGUGGGUGAUCGGACUGGUUUGCAUUCAUUUGGCGUUCGUUUGGAUUUAG